GCCAGAAAGCACAGCACGAACUUCACUGCAGCCCUGCCGCUGUGCCUGCUUGACAUCGAGCUGAUGCCGAUCCCGGGCGUGUACCCCCUGAAGGGGGCGGUGGUGCAGGAGAUGCAGCAGUACUACGGGGAGAGGGCAAACCAGGCCUUUGAGUUCCCUCCUCCAGGAACUCUGCUCCAAGUUGCAGCCUUCAAGCUGCCAAUUGAGGAAGCGGAUCUUGGCAAACUGCAGAGAGCGAACCUCGACCUGGCUUUCCUGGCCUGGCUUAUGCGCUUUGACCAAGCCCUGAAGCAAAAGGACAGUAAGACGAUUGCCUAUUUCAGGAAGGCAUCCCUGCACGUGUUGAUGGACGUUCGCCUGAUCCCCUCCGAGUCCGAGAAACUGGCCGUCGCCUACCAAUUUCGAGAGGACGAAGAAAAGAACGCCCAGAUCGCUGGACACUCUCUGCUCAGCAGAGCCAGAGAGCUCAACAGCAUUCAGGAGCACCUGUUGCGAGUGAAGCCCGCGGCGAGUGCUGCUACUGGGCUGGUGGAGUACAUGAAGCAGCACAAGAUUAGCUUUGCCAGCAGCGACACGACCAUGAAUGUCCCGAAUGUUCGGUUGCAUUUGCGAGUGUUGCGUCGCUUGUCCAUGGCAGUGGCAGAUCCUGGCAAUCCUGCUUACGUGGACUCCGCCUUGUUCUUCUUCGACAGAAACGAGGAAAUUUUCGGAAGGAAAGGCCAGCAGACGCUCCUGCAAGAGUCUGCACGUACCUUUGAUAGCUUUCAGAGUGCAUUGCAGAGCCUUGACGAGCUGCGUCUGGCGUCGGAAAACCUUCACAUCCUUCUCCUGCGGGGCUGCAGCAUCAAGAUGUCGGGCCGUGGAAUCGCAGAACUGGCCCGAGGGCUAGUGCUGUACAGCAAAGUGCCGCAAGCGUUGCUACCCCGCUUCCCCAGAUACGCCGAAUUCUUGAAGGAUUUCCAAAGCUUGAGGGUGUUCCAUGCGAAGUUUCCCUCGGGCAUGACGGCUGACGGGGUGGAAGUGGCAGCGACAGAGUCCUACCCCUUGUUCGCACAAGAGUCGCUGGACAAGCUGCUGAAUGAGAUCCUCAUCCCGAUGUAUGUCUUCAAGAAGCAUUCUGGGCUCCUAGGGGGAGGAAGCCCUUUGGGUGUGCCUUUCGUGAAGAACUUGCUCACCGAGCUGGAGAACACGUAUGCGCAGGAGCAGGCCCGCGAGAGCAUGUCGGCAGUCAGCAGCUCCGGCCGAGCCGGCGUGCCUGAUUCUGAAAGUACAUCCUUGGAGCCCGUGACGGAAGAGGAAGCAGCAGCUUUAAAAAAGGAAUUUGCCACGAAGCAGCAGACCCUCCUGAUGGAGAUGGGCAGUGCCUACCUUUCCUGCAACGUGCUGCUGCUGUCGUGGUCGGAUCCCAACCUGGAGGCGACCUUGUGCAGCCACCCUUUGUUGCAGGACGGCGCGGCAAAACUCUUCUGCUGGAGUGCAGGACUAGACGCAACGAAAGAUCCGCCUGGGAGGAUGAGCGUGUACCGCAUGAAGGCCUCCGCCGAUGAAGCGCGCCUGGCCAGCAGUGUGGACCUGACCAGCAAGCUGUUGAAGGAGGCUGACUCGGCCAUCUUUCUGAGCGGCCGCAACCAGUUGCUGCACAAAGACAUGAGGAAGGCCAUACAGAGUCUCAAGCCAAAAGUUGGCUUGAAAGAAAUGACGCUUGUGCCGGACGAAGCGGAGCUGCUGAAGGCACUGCACGGGGAAGGGCGCAAUGCUUAUGGCAGCAUCGACGCGUCUGAGCAGUACAUCCAUGUGGUGAAGAACAACAAGCUCUGGAAGGAAAGGCGACCGACUCAGCGACGAUUCGUUCCGGGGAACACCGCCUUUAAAAACAUGAGUGGGCUGCCCAUACUCGACAAAGCGGCGAUGCAGAAGGUGGCAGCGAAGGAACGGGAGGCCAUCUUUCGGGGCAUCAUGGGCACCGACAAGUGGAACCCAGGCGGCACCAAAAAGACUGCCGCUGCAUCAGCGCCGGCUGCUGCGACGGGCACCGCUACAGCAGCAGCUGAGAACGCCGCAUCCUCUGAUGAGGAAGACGAUGCGGGGAUUCCGGCAGAGAACCAGGGGCUCAUGGACUCCGAGGGCAAUGUGACCUUGUUUUUCAUGGAGCAGCACCCCAAGGUGUGCGCACAGCUUCUGUGGGAGAACGGGGCCAGAGUCUUGGUGGAUUUCAGUCCUGGGGCUGGCAUGCUGAGCAAGACCGCCUUGUCCCUCGGCAUCAAGGUCGUUUGCGUCGCACUGAACGACGCUCACAAGGCCUGCCUCAGCCGGCUGCUGCAGAGCUACAUCCGCAGCAAUGUGGAGGCCGAUGUGCCCGGCUUCGUGCCCACAGACAAAGCUUCCAGAGUUGAGGAGAUCAAGCCUAAGCGCCUGGCCGUGUACGAGAAGCAGAGUGGACGGGAAGGCCAACCCCCACUGCCGGGGGCGGGCCGACAAAAUUUUGAGAAGAACGUCCUGUCGGCCUUGGACUCCUUGCAGAGCGGUGCGCCCCCGGCCAAGAAGCAGAAGCUUGCAGCUCCGAAGGGGAAGGCGGAUGCGACGCCGACCCCGACCCCGCCCGUCGAGGUGAAAGCCGACCCGCCAAAGGCGGAUCCCAAGGCGAAGGCGACAGCAGGGCCUUCGGAAAGUGUUGCGGAUCUCCUACAGGCAUGGGGUCAGAUGGCUGCGAAUGUCUUGAAGAUCAUGCUGUUUGCUGCUGCUGCUGCUGCAGCGCCCACGGGGGACUUCCCAGAUUACGAGGAAGGGUAUCCCCACGUGUUGCACGGUGACUGGACCAACCCGGGUUCGGUCUUGCCAAGUGCGAACCUCCGACACUACGCUUGGAAGGUACCGGCAGAGAUCAUACGCAUGAUUCCUGCGAGCAUCAAGGAAAUCUUGCAAUGCGAGGACAAAAGUCUCGUGGUUCUGCGGAAUAUCCAUGUGGCAGACUUCUUUGCGGGCAAGUCGCGUAUUGCGCGAUGGAGCGAACUGUUGGGACUUACAACGGCGGCAAUUGACCGGGAUCACAGCAGCCAUCUUGAUGUGUGUUCGGACGAAGGCUUGGCAACGGCAAUCUGCACGCUGCUGCGAGUUCGCGAAGGGGGUCUCUGCUUUAUGGGCCCGCAGUGCAGCUCAUGGAUAUGGCUCUGUCGUGGCACAACGAAGAGAUCUGCGGCAGAUCCGGACGGCGAUUUGGGCCUGCCAACGGUCAGAGAAGGAAAUCAUCUCAACAAGGUGGUCGCACUGCUGGUAACCAUUGCUGGUCUUGCAGGCAUCUCCUGGGUGAUUGAACAACCUUCCUCGUCGUUGUUCUUCCACACGCAGAUCAUGCGCUCUGUCAUCUUGGAGGUGAACCCCUUCCAGAGGUGGCUGUGUUUGAAGAAGUGGGGCCACUUUGCGCAGAAGGGCACACUGCUCGUUGGCGUGGCUGGUUUUCUAUCCAACAUGGGCAAGGAAUUGAGCAAACAAGCGAAGAAGAGGGGCUGCGGGAAGGCUUCAGCCAAGAAGGCUCAAAGCAAGGCUAGCUCAACGGCGAAAGCCAAGGCAAAAGCCAAGGUUGCCAAGACAAGAGCUGCUACCAAGGCCAAGGCGAAGAAGGACCCGCCGUCCGACCAAUUGGAGAUCGGUGGCAAGUUGGCAACCCACAAGAGGGACAAGAACGGCAAGAUCAAGGUGACCGGCAAUCCAGAGGCCCUGAAGAAGUCCCAGGUUUACCCCCCCUCUUUUGCGCUAGACGUCGUUCGAAACCAUUGGCCUGACGAGAUCAGCUCCUAG